AUGUUUGGAAAAGGUAAACCCCCGGAUUUCCUGGCUUUCUCGAUUACUGUACUGAUGAUGAUGGUGUUAGUCGCUGGCGUGAAGAAGUCGCUGUUUUUCAAUAACGUGCUGAACGCGAUCAACCUCAGCGUGUGGGUUUUCAUAAUGGCCGCUGGUUUGUUCUACGUCAACAUUCACAAUUGGACUGACCAUAGAGGAUUUCUACCUUACGGCUGGAGCGGGGUAUUCAGUGGGGCCGCAACGUGUUUCUACGCAUUUAUCGGUUUCGACAUCAUCGCUACUACCGGUGAAGAAGCUAACAAUCCCAAACGGUCCAUUCCUCUUGCCAUCGUAUUGAGUCUCGCCAUCAUUCUCAUAGCUUACCUCUUCAUCGGUAAAAUAAAUUUAAGGUCCAAGUGUAGUUCAAAAAUUGAUUUCAGUUUGACGUUAUGCCAUAAUCUGCAGGCCAAUUCUGUAAUAUUUACGUAAUAAACACAUCUCAAUAGAAUUUCGACGACUUUCAUUUUGUCCUUGUACUAUUAUCUACCGAUAAUACAUGGCAAAAUGCAAAUGGUCGAGAUUCUACUGAGAUGCGAUUAUUUGUUGGAGGUUUUGUGAGCCGGCUCUUUGUCGACAGUGCCGUACGAUCAAGUGGAUACCGACUCCGCACUGGUACAGAUGUUUUCCUACGUGAAUGCUCCAACGUGCAAGUACAUCGUAGCGUUGGGCGCGUUAGCUGGCCUCACUGUGUCUAUGUUCGGCUCCAUGUUCCCGAUGCCGCGUGUGGUCUACGCCAUGGCUUUGGACGGACUCAUCUUCAAGUUAGUAUAA